AUGGCCUGGCGCAACCACAGUGCCAUCACAGAGUUCGUUCUCACUGGGCUCUCUGACGACCCCCCGAUCGAGGCUCUACUCUUCGCGCUCUUCCUGGGCAUCUACGUCCUCACCAUGACGGGGAACCUGCUGCUGCUGCUGGUGAUCAGGGCCGACUCCCACCUCCACACCCCCAUGUACUUCUUCCUGAGCAACCUGUCGUUCCUGGAUCUCUGCUUCUCGUCCGUCACGGUACCGAAGCUGCUGAAGGACCUCCUGUCGGUGAAGAAGCGCAUCUCUGUGGAGGGCUGCCUGGCUCAGGUCUUCUUCGUGUUUUUUUCUUCUGGGACUGAAGCCUGCCUGCUCUCGGUCAUGGCUUAUGACCGCUACGCUGCCAUCUGCCAUCCAUUGCUCUACGGCCAGGUGAUGAGAAACGAGCUGUGCGUGAGGCUGGUGUUGGCCUCAUGGGGCCUGGCCUCUCUCAACGCGACCAUCAUUGUGCUCUUGGCCGUGAACCUGGACUUCUGUGAGGCUCAAACCAUUCACCACUACACCUGUGAGCUGCCUGCCCUCUUCCCCCUGUCCUGUUCGGAUAUCUCCAUCGCUACGGAUGUCCUACUUUGCUCCAGCUUACUGCAUGGCCUGGGAACUUUUAUUCCAAUCUUCUUCUCCUAUGCCCGCAUUGGCUCCACCGUCUUGAGCAUCAGUUCCACCACAGGGAGGAGCAAAGCCUUCUCCACCUGCUCCUCCCACCUCGCUGCAGUGACCUUGUUCUUUGGGUCCGGCUUUCUGUGCUAUCUCAUGCCCCCUUCUGGCUCGUCCCUGGAUCUGCUCUUGUCCGUGCAGUAUAGCACAGUGACCCCUGUGUUGAAUCCCUUCAUCUACAGCCUGAAAAACAAGGAGGUGAAGGCAGCCGUGAAAAGGACCCUGAGGAAGUAUCUGCUUUAG